AUGAAUACACUAGCAUCCCUGCCUCGGAGCCUCCUGCUUCUUCUGCUCACAGCAUCUCAAUCAUUUGCCAGCCCAACAUGGCCGCCGGUAUCGGGGGAUCAACCGGUACUUCAGCAUCCUUCCUCUGGCGGCCGCAAAGGCGGAGUGGCCUGUGAGAGUAAGGUAUGCAGCCAGAUUGGCAUCGACCUCUUGGCGCGGGGCGGCAACGCUGUGGACGCCUUCGUCGGCACGCAGCUCUGCGUUGGCGUCAUCGGGAUGCAGCACUCUGGGCUCGGCGGCGGCGGCUUCAGUCUGAUUAGGGACAGGAACGGGAGCUACACGGUGAUUGACUACCGGGAAUCAGCGCCGGCUGCUGCCUUCCAGGACAUGUACCGAGACAAUGUCAGGGGCAGUGUGUUCACCGGUCUUGCGGCCGGUGUCCCCGGCGAGCUUCGUGGGCUGGAGGAGGCGCAUAAGAGAUUCGGGCAGUUGCCCUGGAAGGCCGUCGUUCAUCCGGCUGCCCACGUCGCCCGGUUUGGGUUCCCGGUCACCGAGGAUCUCGUGCGGUACAUGGACUACGCCAUCUCAUUUGCUGGGUGGAACUUCUUGGUGGAAGAUCCGAGUUGGGCGCAGGAUUUCGCCCCGAAUGGCAAGCUGCUGACCUUUGGCGAGACCUUGACCCGCAAGCGCUAUGCUGACACCCUGGACGCGGUCGCCGACGAUGGUGCUGAUGUAUUCUAUACUGGUCCCAUCGCUAACCAUACCAUAGCUGCCCUUCAGGCUGAUCAGGGCAUCAUGACACUCGAGGACCUCGUUGACUAUAGAGCAAUCGUCCGCGAGUCCGUCAACAUCACCUACCGGGGUUAUAAGCUGUUCUCCUCGGGAGCACCCUCCAGCGGUGCCGUCUGCCUCAGUACCCUCAAGACCAUGGAGCGCUACCGGACCGAGGAUACUGCAGAUACGAACCUGACGCUUCACCGCUUCGACGAGGCAAUGCGCUUCGCCUACGGUGCUCACCAACAGCUUGGCGACCCUGCCUACGUCGAGUCCAUGGACACACUGGAGCGCGUGAUGCUGUCAGCCUCGGGUGCCGAGGCCACCCGCCGCUUGAUCCUUGACAACACGACACAGCCGGUGGAAAACUACCUCUCCAAGCCCUACUAUACACCGGCGGCGCACGGCACCUCGCACGUGGUGACGGCCGACGGCGACGGGAUGGCCGUGUCGUCCACCACGACGGUCAACACACUCUUUGGCAACCUGAUCAUGGUGCCCGAGACGGGCGUCAUCCUCAACAACGAGAUGAACGACUUCUCGAUCCCCGGCGUGCGCAACGAGUUCGGAUACGCGCCCAGCCCGGCCAACUUCAUCCGCCCGGGCAAGCGACCCCUCAGCAGCAUCACCCCCGUCAUCGUCGAACACCCGAACGGCACGCUGUACGUGACGGUGGGCGCCGCGGGCGGCAGCCGCAUCAUCAGCAGCACGACCCAGGUCGCCUGGCGGGUGCUGGAGCAGGGCAUGACCAUGCUGGACGCCAUGCGCGAGCCGCGCUUCCACGACCAGCUGAUGCCCAACGUGGCCACCUUUGAGUACACGUUCGACAACGCGACGGUGGCGAGCAUGCGGGAGAAGGGACACAACGUCACGUGGGUCCGCGAGGGCGUGAGUGCCGUGCAGGGGAUCAGAGUCACCGCUGGGCGUUUUGAGGCGGUGGGUGAGACCAGACAGAAGAACAGCGGAGGGCUGAGCUUGGAGGCACACGAGACGCGGAUGGGUGAGUUGUAG